CAAUUUCUAAAAAUUUCAUUCAGUUCUGGGUUUCAUGAAAUCUCUUCCCGUGGUGCUUCUGAUAAACCUGUAACUUCUUCAAUUCCGGAAAUGCCGCUCCUGAAACCUCAUAUUCCCAAGCCCUCUUCCUUCGCCUGUGCUCCCUCCGACACCCUUCUCGCAGAAAAAGCAAUCACAUACCUCAAACGCCAUCCCCACAAUCUCAAUUCACUCUCUUCCUGUUUUACCCCCGAGGCAGCCUCUUAUUUACUCCAAAAGUCCCAAUACGACCAGCCCCUAACCCUCAAGUUCCUCAGUUGGGCUCGAAACCAUGGUUUCUUCACCUUCCAAUGCAAGUGCCUCGCCCUCCACAUCCUCACUCGCUUCAAGCUGUACAAGAGCGCCCAAGCCCUCGCCGAGGACGUUGCCCUCAAUUCCAUCGACGACAGGGGCAAUUUGGUCUUUCAGUGCCUCAGCGACUCGUUACAUAUCUGCAAUUCGAGCUCGGCGGUUUUUGACUUGGUGGUGAAGUCUUACUCUCACUUGAAUUUCAUUGAUAAGGCUCUGAAUAUUGUUCAUUUAGCCAAAGUUCAUGGAUUUAUGCCUGGUGUGCUUUCAUAUAAUGCAAUUUUAGAUGCAAUAAUUAGGUCAAAAGGGUCUGUUCAAUUUGCUGAGGAGGUGUUUAGUGAGAUGAUUAGGAAUGGGGUCUCCCCGAAUGUUUAUACUUACAACAUUUUGAUUAGGGGUUUUAGUGGAGCAGGGAAUUUGAAAAUGGGGCUGUACUUUUAUAGUGAAAUGGAAAGAAAUGGAUGUUUGCCGACUGUGGUUACUUACAAUACGUUGAUUGAUGCAUAUUGCAAAUUGAAGAAGAUUGAUCAGGCAUUUGAACUGUUGAGAUCGAUGGUGUUGAAGGGUUUGGAGCCAAAUUUGAUUUCGUAUAAUGUGAUAAUCAAUGGGUUGUCUCGAGAAGGGAGGAUGAACGAGACAAGUCAGGUUCUCGAGGAGAUGAAAAGAAAAGGUUUUGUUCCUGAUGAGGUGACUUGUAAUACACUUAUUAGUGGGUAUUGCAAGGAAGAUAAUUUUCACCAAGCACUUGUUCUGCAAGAGGAGAUGCGGAGGAAUGGCUUGUCUCCAAAUGUUGUCACUUAUACAGCAUUGAUUAAUGCUAUGUGUAAGGCUAAGAAUUUGAAUCGAGCAAUGGAGUUUUUCGAUCAGAUGCGUGUUAGGGGACUUCAUCCAAAUCAGAGGACGUAUACUACAUUGAUUGAUGGAUUCUCCCAACAGGGGUUCUUAACUGAAGCUUAUGAUGUUCUGAAGGAAAUGAUUGGGAAUGGAUUCUCACCUUCGGUUGUGACUUACAAUGCACUUAUCAAUGGAUACUGCUUAUUGGGGAGGAUGGAAGAUGCCAUUGGAAUCCUACAAGAUAUGACAGGGAAAGGGUUGCCCCCUGAUGUCGUAAGUUAUAGUACUAUUAUAACUGGGUUUUGUCGGCAUCAGGAAUUGGAGAGCGCAUUUAGAAUGAAGCUGGAGAUGGUGGAGAAGGGUGUAUUACCUGAUGCUGUUACCUAUUCAUCACUGAUUCAAGGUGUCUGCCAGCAAAGAAGACUAGUUGAAGCUUGUGAUCUAUUCAAAGAAAUGUUGAGUAUGGGUAUGCCUCCUGAUGAAUAUACAUACACAACAUUGAUCAAUGCUUACUGUGUGGAAGGUGAUUUAAAUAAGGCUCUUCAGUUGAAUGAUGAAAUGAUACAAAAAGGUUUCCUACCUGAUGUUGUUACCUAUAGUGUGCUUAUUAAUGGACUUAACAAACAAGUUAGGACGAGGGAAGCAAAGAGGCUUCUGCUCAAGUUGUUCUACGAGGAGUCUGUCCCUGAUGGUGUCACAUAUAAUACACUAAUAGAGAACUGCACUAAUGGUGAAUUUAAGAGUGUGGUAGCCCUUGUAAAAGGAUUCUGUAUGAAGGGUUUGAUGAACGAAGCAGACCAAGUUUUUGAGACAAUGGUUGAGAGGAGACACAAGCCUAACGAAGCAGUUUAUGAUGUUAUUAUUCAUGGUCAUUGUAAGGGUGGAAAUGUUCAGAAGGCAUAUAAUUUGUACAAGGAAAUGUUGCAUUCUGGAUUUGUUCCGCAUACUGUGACGGUUAUUGCGCUGGUUAAAGCACUUUUCACGGAGGAGAUGAACAAUGAAUUGAGUCAAGUCAUAGGGAACACACUGAGAAGCUGUCAGCUUUCUGAUGCUGAACUUGCAAAACUACAUGUUGAUAUCAACCAUAAAGAAGGAAAUAUGGAUGAAGUUUUUAAUGUGCUUAGUGACAUGGCUAAGGACGGCCUCCUUCCAAAUAGUGGAGUAAGAGCCUCUGCAGGGGGAUAAAUAAUGGCAAACAUUAUCUUAUUUCGGCUGGCAAAGUAAAUGAUGAAUAGCAUGUCGAAAUGCACAAUCACCUUGAUUGUGAUUAUUGUCAGAUAAAAUACUUCAGUGCUAUAGUGGCUUGCUCAAAUGAGUCUGAAGCAAUUGGAAGUGACACUUUUGGCUCUUAUACGGAACAAGAAGAUGAACUUCUUCUUCAAGAACUGGGAAAGAAGACAAAACUGUAGGGGCAAUAUCUGCCAUGUUUAUGGAGAACAAAAUGUGGUAGCAGAUGCUCUUUCCUGUUUGGGAUCUCUCUUUGUUUCCGUUUUUGUAUUUUGGGGUAUCGCUCUCCUCUAGUGUUGCAAGCCUUGUGGCUGAGGAUGCUUUUGGUUUCCCCUGCCUAGGGACGUCCUAGUAAUGGUCUUUCUUGUUGUAAUUGAGGGUGCUUUCCGAUCACAAUACCAUUCAAGAACUCUUUGUAUUCCGCUAAGGAUGAGAAUUCCCAGUUGAAAGCCAUUGAUUUUGGCUUAUUAGAUUUUGCCAAAGCAGAUGAGAGGCUUAAUGAAAUUGUUGGAAGCGCAUACUACGUCACCCUUGAGGUUCUACAUAGAUCUUAUAGUACAGAGCCUGAUGUUUGGAGUAUAGGUGUAAUAUCAUAUAUUCUUUUAUGUGGUAGUCGCCCAUUUUGGGCACGGACUGAGUCCGGGACUUCUCGGGCGGUGUUGAAAGCUGAUCCCAGUUUUGAUGAAGCACUUUGGCCUUCUUUAUCUCUUGAAGCAAAUUACGUUGUUAAACGCUUGUUGAACAAGGACCCUCAGAAAUGAAUGACAGCAGCGCAGGCUUUAAGUCAUCCUUGGAUGAGGAAUUAUAACGAUGUAAAAGUGCCUCUUGAUAUUUUAAUGUUUAGACUCAUGAAGGCUUAUAUGUGAUCGUCAUCCCUUUGAAAGGCUGCUUGAAGGGCCUUAUCUUGACUGUGGAUAACUCUUUUAUCUGAAGGAGAAGUUUGCACUAUUGGAUCUCAUUGCAUCAGUAAUAAAUUGCUAAAUGCACUUCAAUACAGAAGAAUGGAUUUUUAAGAGUUUCCGUUCCACUGCAUUAAGUGUUCAUCAGCUCAAGGCACUUGAUCGUUGGGAACAACAUGCUUGAUGUGCAUGUGAACUUUUUGAGAAGGAUGCAAAACAGAGCAAUUGUCAUUGAAGAACUUGCUUCAGUAAGUUGAAAUUUUAAUGCUGCAUUUUGAAGUCUUGCUAUAAAUGAAAUAAACAGUUUGAUAA